ACGGUAAGGCACAUAAGAGCAAUGAAACUUCGGCAAAGUGGAAACAAUACAAGAGAAAGCAACAACUUAGAAGCCACGCCUCCUUCGUCCUUUUUUGCUUUGCUUCCAUCUUGGCUUAUUCUUCUUCUUCUACUCACUCACUCACUCACUCACUCUAUAUAUUGUGCAAUUCCUUGAGUCACUACAAUUGUUUUUUAGAGUUCCAAAGAAAACAAAAAUAUGGAGGAGGGGUUGUUAGGAAUAGUAGGAGGCUUGAGGCACCUUUUGGUCACAAUAUUCUUGACAGGUUUAGGAGGCGUAGUAACCAUGCCGGUCAUGACGGAUAUCUCAAUCGCCGCCCUCUGCCCCGGCCAGGAUCAAUGCUCCCUUGCCAUCUACCUCUCCGGUUUCAGCCAAGUCAUGAGUGGAGUGGGAUCAGUGGUGAUGACGCCAUUAAUAGGGAAUUUAUCGGAUCGAUAUGGCAGAAAAGCUUUGAUCACUCUUCCUCUUAUGGUCUCCGUCAUUCCUCAAGUGAUAUUGGCAUCUGGGAGGGACAGAAGAUUCUACUAUGCAUACUAUGUGGUGAAAAUUGUUGCUCACAUGGCAGGGGAAGGAAGCUUCCACUGUCUGACUCUUGCAUAUGUGGCAGAUAAAGUUCCAUUUGAGAAACGAACAUCAGCAUUUGGAUUACUUGCUGGUGUGGGAUCAGCUUCAUUUGUUUGUGGAACUUUAGCAGCUCGAUUCAUUCCCACUCAUUUGACAUUCCCUGUUGCUGCUGUCUUAUCCAUGAUUGGUUUGGUCUACAUGAGAAUAUUCCUUGAUGAUACUGUUCCUGCUUCUGCUACCAUCAACCAACCUUUGUUGAAAGAGGAUCACUCUUCUUCCAAGGCCUCAACUCCAACAUUCAAGAAACUCCCUUCACUUGGGGACUUUCUUUGUAUGCUCAAGUGUAGCCCCACAUUUUCACAAGCAGCAGUAGUUUUGUUCUUCAAUAGUCUUGCAGAUGGUGGUUUGAUGGCUUCAUUGCUGUAUUUUUUGAAAGCACGUUUCCAAUUCGACAAGAACCAGUUUGCGGAUUUGAUGAUGAUUUCAGGAAUAGGAGCAACUCUUACACAACUACUUUUGAUGCCAAUGUUAAUACCUGCUCUAGGAGAAGAGAAGUUGCUCUCAACAGGGCUCUUAGUUAGCUGCAUCAAUAUGUUUGUGUACAGCAUAUCUUGGGCAGGAUGGGUUCCUUAUGCUCUAGCAGGUUGUUCUAUUUUUGGGGUUUUUGUGCGCCCAAGUAUAUGCAGCAUUGCAUCCAAACAAGUUGGUCCUGAUGAACAGGGAAUGGUUCAAGGAUGUCUCUCAGGAGUUAGCUCCAUGGCACAAAUCGUUUCUCCCUUAAUAUUCAGUCCACUCACAGCAUUAUUCUUGUCUGAAGAAGCACCCUUCUAUUUUCCUGGGUUCAGUAUAAUGUGCCUUGGCCUUGCAAUGGUUGUUGCAUUUAUACAGAGCUUGAUGAUCCGAGCCGCUCCUCCUAUCGGAAAAAUUAGCAGCGGCAGUAGCCGCUGCACAGAUACAUUGGUCUGAGGUAGAGAGACAUGAUGAUGUUUUCUGCUUCAACAAAUUGUUCAUACUUACACCCUAUGAGACCAUGAAUUACAAGACAAUACAAGCAACCAUGUUUCAUGUUAUAACUAUGAGCAUGGAUUCAAGUAUAGAACUAUAUACUGUGACACUAGGGGGGGUAGGAAACAGAACAUCAAAUGCAAAGCACAGCUAAUUAAUUCUUGUAUGCAUAGUAUAUAUACACCUAGACAUAGAUUGUUUAUAUCACUAGAUAGAGUAGUUUUUGCAGACAGGAUCUUAGUCCAUUUGACAGCUUUGUUGUAGAAUGAGAAAUCUGUCUAAUGUAAGGACUUUGUAAUUCCUAUAUUUUGUUAUUUAUGAAAUAUUAAUGAUUGAAUUUUGGAUAAA